AUGGACCCGUACCAAACCACCAUCGUUGACACCGCACCGCCUGCAUCUCUUGACGAGAGUCAUUACAAGUUCCAUCACGCGCAAGGUGAGGAGCAGCCACUAACAGUGACAGCAGCACUUCGCAACACGCGCAAACUCACGCCAUCGCUCACCAUCAUGGGGGGCUUCGGUGUGAUGUCACUGCCACAUAGCAUGCAAAACCCGCCGAUGUCGAAGAAGCCACUCCGACCGACCACGUCGCUGCUCGACAACGGCGCACACCGCAACCACCGCAAGGUCGACCGUGCAGUGGACCCGACAUUGACAGACUUCGCAGAAGGGGCCGACCUUCCCGUCCCUCCUGCUGACCAGGGUAAUGGCGGUCUUGGAUAUGACACCUCAACCGACACCGGCCUGGCCAACCACGACUUUGACUUCGAUAUUGACCAGUUCAACGAAUUCUUCCGUCCGCAAGCUCAACAGUGGAUCCACGACGCAAACUCCCACGUCGCCUCCGGCGAUCUCCACGAAGCUCAGCAUGAGUUCACCUCCAACAAUUUCCCUGGCCACCAGUCAGUUCAAGACCCUUCGCAGAUGACGUACCGCGGAAUCAUGACUGCGGAACAGUUGCAUAGUAUGCAGAUGCAGUCGCCCUACUCCGUGACCAUUCCAACAGGACUCCAGCAAAACUACGGCAGUCAGCCAUCCUCAGGAGGCAUUUACGUCGCUCACCAAUUUGGACAGCAUGUCCAUCACGUCUACCAACCGUAUGGUGCCUAUGGUGGCGAGCCUGACUGGAUGGCACGGCCCAACUCGGGCUCCGUUCAAACAGAUCCACUAUCAGGUCGCGACUUCCAGCAUACGCGACAGCAGUAUGAGUUCGGCGGUCAGCCCUCCCUAGCAUGGAGCCACAACUCCGCGUACAACAUCUCCCAGGCGACUCCGGACGAUAACUUUCAGGCGACGCCGGGCGCGCAAAGUAGCCUAAGCGAUCUCAACUUCGGCCAGUCGUACCACCCGCAAGGCACGGCGAACAUGGGCACAAAAGGCCACGGCCACGGCCACGGCCACGGCCAACGUGGUGCUCCUGUCGGCUUCGGGGCGUAUGGUCAGAUCCCAAAGCGUCAUGACUCCACGAAGGACCCAUACGCGAAAGCGAAAUCCGUGAACUCACUCGCUCCGCCAUCUCCUACGAACGCGUCUGUCUCAGGCACCGCGCUGGCAAAAGCGGCCGUGACAGACCUCCUCCGUCCAAAUCGGACCAUCGCGACCUUGCCGGCUGGUAACUUCCAGAUCAACCGGACUUCACUGGCGGAUGCCAAAGCACUCGUCCUCCGCCGUGCGCCCUUCACCAUUACCGACGACGAUGUCAACGAUGUGGAAGCUGAUCCAACACCGUACGUUCGGGAACUGAUGCGCGCCGUGAUGCACACCGGAGAUUUCAAGACCGAGCCAGAGACCAUCUGCCUCAAGAAGGACCAGGCUCUUGCGGUGGACUGGACCGAAACUCAAAGCAAGUUCAAUCGGAAGGUGCGCACAAUCCUGAAGAUGCCUUUUAUCACGGCCGAAGUUCAGGCUCGCGCGGAGAUGAUUGUGCACGCUGCCAUUACGCUCCACCGAGACGGGCAUCGCCUGCUCUCCGUCAAGGUCGAGAAGGCUCUCAAAUGUUCCCAGCGCCUAGGGAGAACCAUCCAGAUUCUUACAGACUUCCCGACCAUCAGGUACGACGUCCUCUCGGACGCUGAACACUUCGAGCCACUGAUCUCUGCUCCAUCUGGGUUCGUCAACCGGAAGGAGAGCAACUGGCGCGGCAACUUCCGGAAACCCGGCAAGGGCCAGAAGAAGGAAGAAGAUGAUGAUGACGACGAGGUCGAGGGAGGAAUUGCGGAUGCUGAUUCACUGGUGCCGCAACUUGAGAAGGCAAGAUACACUCGCAGGUUUACCGUUGAGGAGCGAGGCGCGAUGAGGGUCCUGUUGAAGGGUGGCGAGCUCCCUCCGACCCCCACUCCGACUCAAGAGAUUGCGCCGGCCGGUCCAAAGAAGUCGAAGAAGUCAAAGAAGAGGCCUGCGAACGCUACGUUCGAGCCAUCAACCCAGGUCAAGCGCGCCAGGCGCAGCAAGCGGAUCGCAUCUCGCGAGCCAGCGGAGGAGCAGAACGGUGUCGAGAGUGGUGACGAUACAGAGUCCGUAGCAGAUGCCAAUGGCGAGGUCGGGGCCGGGAUGUACCGUGAGGCUACUGAGGUCGAGUCCGAAGAGUAUGUGACGGAGUUCGGGAAGCAGAGGAGGUUGAGAGCUGCCAAGAAGGCGGGCAGACCCAAGCCUCAUCCUGUGCCUCGCAAAUGA